AUGAGGGUUCGACAUUUGCAAAGUUAUUUAACAGAACAUGGGUUAUUAAAAAGGAGCAGUAUAGAAGAUAUAAAAAACUUAAGACUAGGAAUAGAUGCAUUAUAUUUUUUAAGAGCAUCCGAUAAUUUAAAAGACAUUUUGAGUGAUGUGUCAGGGUGUAUAUCUCCAUGUAUAUUUCAUUUAGUAGAUAAACAAUGUGAAUAUUUUCGAAAAUAUAAUAUAGAUAUAAUAUUUGUAUUUGAUGGUAUAACACCAAAAUCUCACAAAUUAUUUUCUGCACAAUAUCAACAAAAUAUAGAACAAGGUUGGGUAUAUUAUGUUAAUAAUGAAUUAAAAUUAUCUUAUGAAAAAUUUUCUCAAGUAUCUAAUAUAUGUAAUUCAUAUUUGGCAUUUUUAUUAUUUCAUUAUUUAAAAGGUAAAGGAUAUAAAUGCAUAUAUGCACCAUAUUUAGCUAUUUCUCAGUUAUCAUAUUUUUUAGCUAAUAAUAUAAUUGACACAAUAUUAGGUCCUCCUACAUUAAUUUUAUAUAAUCCUCAAAUUGCAAUACUAAAUAUUGCAUGGAAAGAAAAUUAUUUUGAAUGGAUAGAUUUAAAUAGUUUAUUAAAAAUAUGGAAUAUAAAUAAGGAGCAAUUUAUAGAUGCAUGUUUAUUAGCUGGUACAGAAUAUUGUUUAACUUUUCCUUACCUUAAUUUAUCUCAUUUUAAUAGUGGAAAUUCAGAAUUUAAUUUUGGUAAUUCAAUAGAAUUUAUUAAACAGUCACCUCUAAUUAGUUAUUUACAACAUUUUCCAAAUGAUCAGUUAAAAAAAAGUUACAUUGAAGGAUAUCGUGUAUGUAAGUCUAUUUUGAAAUUUCCUAUAGUUUUAUUAUUAUCGGGAGAAGUUGGGCUUUUUUCAUAUAAAGAUAAAAAUUUUUAUAAUACAGAUAAUGUUUAUAAUAAUAAUUUAUUGAAUAAAGUUGAUCAAGUUGAAAAAAUUAAAGAUGGAAAUUAUGAAGAAAGUGAAAAUAAUAAAAGUUUUAAUAUGAAUGGUAAUUUAUAUAAUUUAUGUAAUGAAAACAUAAAAGACCUUACCACAAUAGAUACCCUUGUUGAUAGUUAUGACUCUGGUAAGAUGAAUUCAGGGGAUAGAAGUACUGAACCCGGUAAAAUAAGUGAAGAUGCAUAUACAGAUAAUUUAUCUUAUACGAAAAAUAAUGUGCAUAUAGAGAAUAGUAAGGAAUUUCAGGAAGAUAAUUUGAAAAAACAUGAGAUAGACUGUAAAGAUGAUUCGAUAGAUAAAGAGAAUAAUUCUGAGAACGGAUUUGAAACUACUGAAAAUAUUAAUAUGAAGGAAAAAGAUGAAUAUACAAAAAACAAAGAUAUAGAAAAUGAGGAUAAAGAGGGCAUAAAAAUUGAUGAUGGUAAAAAUGAGGAUAUGAAUUAUGAAGGAGUUCCACAUGAUUACAUAAAAGUGAUUGGGUCUCGAUUUCCAACAUGUGUAUAUUAUUUAAUGUCAAUUGGACUUUUAAGUAAAAAAAUAUUAUGUGUGUUAGCUCAAGGAGAAUGGAUUGAUUAUUCACACCCAAUUUUAGAUUCCUUUGAGUAUAGAGAUUCAUUGAUUGAUUUAAGAGAAUAUAGAUGCAGAAUAUUAGGAUUGAUAUCUGUUAAAUUAAAUCCUUAUUUUUAUAAAAGGAAAAUAAAAUUUUUUGAUUAUGGUUAUUACAUAAAUAAUAUAUUAGAAAAAAACAACAAAUUUACAUAUUUAGACAUUAGUUUGAUUGAUGGAUUUUUAUGGAAUAUAAAUAAAAAUAAUAUUAAUGAAGAAAAAAAACGGCAAAAUAAUAAGCCAGUUGAUUUACAAUUUAUUUUAAAAUGGCACUUAUAUUGCGAAAGUAUGAAUAUGUCACUUGUUUGUAAAAAUGAAGCAAUAGAAGAAGAGGGAUCGAAUUCUGAGGGAGAUGAUAAUUCAGAUAAAAAUUCGAAUGUUGGUAGUGAGGAUAGCAGAAAAAUAAGGGACAUUUCUGAGGGGAAUAAUAAUGAAAGUGAAGAGGGAAAAGAAAAUUAUAAAAUAAGAAAAAAAAAUAAAGAAAAAUAUAAUGAUAAAAUAAUAAGAAAUUAUAAUAAUUAUUAUAAAAAUAUACUUAAUACAGAUAAUCAAAAUUUUAAUAGCAUAUUAUGUAUAGUAUAUUAUAUGUUUCUUGAGAAUUUAGGUAUAUUUACAAAAAGAUGUGGAGUUACUUUAUUUGGUUUGUUAUUAUCUGAAAGUAAAAAUAAAAGUAUUGAUAAUAAUAUUUUAAUAAUAUUUGAAUUAUUAAAAUUCGGAUUUUUAACUACACAUCCAUUAUUACCUCCAAAUGGAAAAAAAUAUCCAGAAAAUGCAUAUUCAGCAAUUAAUAAUUCAAAGAAUUUAAAAGAUCAAGAUAAAAAAAGUGUCCUUUUGUUAUCUAGAAUAUAUUCAUUAUAUAGUUCUAAUACAAAUAAAGAAAUUAGAUAUGAUGGAUUAAUCGAUUUUGAUUUAUGUGCAUUUUUUUCUGUUGUAAAAAUAAUUAUAAAAACAUUAAGACAAUUAAUGCAAGCAUGUGUUGCUAAUGUACUUAUAACGAAUAUGGAAUUAAUACAUUUAUUACCUGAUAAUUUAUAUAACCAAUUAGAUUCUUCCAUCUCUUAUUUUUUCGUAACAGAUCAUCUUAUGGGAGUUUUAACAAAAUAUUUCUUGUUAUUUGAUUUUGAUGAUUUGAAAAAGGGAGUAUAUAAACACGAUAUUUCACUCGAAAAUUAUAAUCAAACAACAGUAGAUGAAAAGGGAGAAGGGUUAUGUGCAACUAGUAAUUGUAGUGGAAACAGUAAUAUAGUAAUAGAAAAUAAUGACGAGUAUUAUGAUAAUAUUAAUAAAGAUGAAAAAAAUCGUAGUAACUCUACUAUUGAUGGAAUGAAUACUAAUAAAAAUGUCGAAGAAAUGCAUAGUAUUAAAAAUUGUAAUGCUCAAAAUAUUCAAGAGUUAUCGAAUGAAUUAGGAAAAAAUAACAUAAGUGAAAAAUCAGGUAUAUACAACAAUAAUGACGAGGGUAAAGAUAAUACAAAUUCUGAAAAUAUAAACGAAAAAAAUGAUAAUAAAUGUAACAAUGAUAGCAAUAAAAUGGGCAUAGGUGAUGGAAAUGUUAAUUCUGGUGUUGAGGAAGAUAAAUUAACAAAUAAAUUUAAUUUAUUUGAAAAGGAAGUAAGGAAAAACUUUCCGAGUUUUUUAAACCCUAUAAUUGACUUAUGCAAUGCAAUUAAUACAUGGAGAGACCACCUAAAUUUAAUUAUAAAAUUAGAACAGCAUACAAAUGUAUAUGAUUUGGUUUCAGAUCUGAAAGCAGCUAAUACUUUUUUAGAAAAAAAAAUACAAUAUAUAGGUCUCGAUAAAUGUGCAACUUACAUUGAUAUUUGUUCAAAUCACAAUGCAUAA